AUGAUGUCAUGCAGCUCCACCCUCAGACCAAGCCAAACAACAACGCGCGCGCUCAACACGGCAGUCAUCUCCUUGUCACCACAGUGGUCGACUCAGUCGCUGAAAGAGCCGUGUAAGAGGGACUGUUUGAAGAAACGUAAUCCUGUUCGAGGCACCAGAGCGCCAAAGCAAAAGCAAAAGCAAAAGCAAAAAGCAAGAGCACACUGGGCCUCUCAGCCCGUGGUAAAGUCAACAACGCCUGAUCAUUCAACCACCCUGACCACCCUGACCACCCUGACCGCUGCCCUGACCGCUGCCCUGACCGCUGCCCUGACCGCUGCUGUAGGUGAUCGCGCAGGAUCCCGUUACUGUGUUCGUAGCGCCGUUUCUGUCUUCUCACUUGACCCUACGCCACAAGUGUAUGCCACGAUCAACGACACCCUCGAUUCCGCGCAUCCGGUAGCAACGGCUUAUCGCAGAUUCAUUGGCUCGAUGGAUUGA